UAAAAACAUUUUCAAUGGGCAUUGUGUGAAAUGAAGCCAAAGAAGUGACUGUCGGUUCUCGAAAAUUUGUUUCAGCAACGUGGGACACCUAUUCUGAGAUAGAAAACAAGAUUUCAAAGGUUCAUACAUGUCAAUAACUUUCGUAACUCCUGGCAACAAUGACAACCAUCUAGUUUUAAUACUACCCAGAACUUUCCCGUAUCCAGUAUCAACGAAAUCACAGAAUGAUUUUAGUUGCUACACACGUUUGAGGGUAAAUGUGUGUCGUGCUCAGUGUAACUUGUUUCAAGUUAGAGUAAGUAGUACGUGAGCCCAGGCACCGAUGACCUCAGCAUUGAUAUCCCUGUAACCUUCUUUAACGAAAACUUGUCACACUCGUCCGUCAUUUCUGGAGUAGCAAAUGAUCGAUACGAAUCGCGAAGCUCGCACGUAAGUCACUGGCACUGAGCACGACGACGGAAGAUGUUGUGUUCACACCUCUCCUCAUCCCGUGACCAAAAUGCGGCGUCUUUGUUCCAUCUUUGCGUUCACCAAAAGCGGUACUGGGAAAUCGGUUUACAAAAUCCGGUUUUUGGGGCGCCAGGCGACGGGGGUGUGUGUUGCCAGCAGAAUAGCGCGGUUCGAGAUGACUGACUGUGACGUGGAUGGGACGCAGCCGGUCCGGCAGUGCCGACACAGACGUAGACGCCCUGCUGCAGCCGUUCCCUCGCCUGCCGCGCGAGCUGGCAACGCCGCCCCGUGACGUCAGCGCUGGGUGGGGCAGCCUGCUGUCUGUGCGGCCCAGUUGUGACGCAGCAGCCUGGAGGGAAGCAGCGUGCCACGUUGUCCUGCCUGCCCAGACAGAGCUCGUGUAUCUUGUGUCUCCACGGGAAUACCUCAGAAAGGACCACCCACCAUGUCGGCAGUUACGGAGGUUCAGAACAACACAACCGAGGCCCUGGCCGCCCUGCUAGACGGGGGUGAAGACUCCCUGGUGAUGUUGGUGGCGGGCGAGACGAGGGUGGCGGCUCACAGGGCCGUGUUGGCAGCUGCGAGCCCAGUGUUCGAAGCGAUGCUCGCGCACGACAUGCUGGAGGCCAGCUGCGGCCAGGUGAGCAUCGACGACGUGGAGGGCCCGGUGCUGAGGCUCCUGGUGGCCUACACGUAUACCCUGCAGGCCCCCCAGCUGCCCGACACGGCCGCCCAGCUGCUCUCGGCGGCCGACAAAUACGGCUUGUCGGCCCUGAAGGCUGCCUGCGAGCGGCAGCUGAUCUCGCAGUUGGCCGUCGAGACCGCAGCGGCGACGGCCGUCAGGGCAGUGAGGCACUCGUGCCCGGACGCCACCAGGGCUGCCGUCGCCUUCAUAAACAACCACCCGCAGGUGAUGGCCACGCAGGGCUGGGCGGACGCUGUGCUCGAGUGUCCACAAGAAGUCAACGAAGUCAUCCGUCAACUCCGUGAGCCACCAGCAGAAGCCAGCUCGCCGACCGCCACAGGGGGCGGGUCCACCCCCAACUCUGACCGUCAACCCCACAGCGGCCACAGCCGGACUCCUGCUGCAGCUGCGCCUCCCACGUCUGCCCGACACACCCCUCCACCUGAUGACGCAGCCGUCUCGCGCUUCCGGAGCCUUUCUGAUGCAGAGCGAGGCAGGAGGCUGAGAGAGGCGGCUGAGUGGGGGGCGGUGGAGGAGGUGCGGGCGUUGCUGGCGGUUGGGGCGGACGUGGCGGCGAGGGGCUGGCACAAGUGGACCGCCCUGCACUGCGCUGCAGGGAGAGGCGACGCGGCUGUGGUGCGGCUGCUGCUCUCUGCGGCGUCCGACCCCAACGCCAGGAAUCUGCUGGGGCGGACGCCGCUGCACUUGGCGGCACGGUGGGGGCGCGCAGAAGCGGCGGCUGCGUUGCUGCAGGGCGGAGCCGACAGGGGGGUGAGGGCUAAUGACGGGAGGACCCCCCUGGACUUCGCCAGGCGGUACGACCAUCACGAGAUAGUCGAGAUGCUAACAGGGCGUUAAUACGUGCCACUAGAGAAAAUAAC